AUGGGUGACACACAAUGGCUUCAGAUGAAUCCUUCAACAGGGAGCCUCCCUUCUGAGAUCAAGUUCCUGCAUUUGGGCAUGCUUCACGAGGUCACCAGCUCGCAUGGCGAAGCACCCGCGCUGAUCCUCGCUGUCAUGAAGUUGCUGGGCCAGGAAGAGGUCUGGCAAAAGUUUGCAGCACUCGAUGGCUUCUGCGACGGCCUGCUGUCUCGGUGGGAGCCGCCCUGGGUUCCGGAAGGCUUGGAGGAUGCCGAAGAUCGGCGGGCCGCACGCCACAUGAGCCUGGAGCGGCUGGAAGGGGAAGAGGAGCGCACAGUCCACGACUGGGCCAUGGCUUUGGACGGCUUCCUGUCCUUUGUGGCCAACCUGGCUGUCGCUGCACGUGUCCAACACGCUUUCGAGGCCGACGCCCCUCUGGCCCCUUUGGGCCAGGUGGCGCAGAUGCCACAGAUGCAGACAGGUGAAGCGCUUCAAGCGUCCGAUGGCGAGACGGUGUCCUCACCGUCCACGGAUCAACCCGUCGUCGCAGUCAAAGCCCUGGUUGUGGUUGUUCCGGACCAGCUGGCCGAUUGGCAUCUGGAAGUCCUUGGACCUCUUCUGCGUGCAUUCAAAAUCUUCAUGCUCUCUGAGAAGGCUUGGCAGACUGAUUUUGACGGCGCGAGCAGCGUGCCCUUCUCCGUGGAGGCGAUCUCCCGGAAGCUUUCUGGAAGCAGCUAG